UUACAGUUGGCGGCAAUGAACGCGUUAGCCAAUCACGUUCAACGUAGAUGGCGCUCAUGUGCCGACGCGAGACGACCCAAGCUAGCUAGCACUGGGAACAUUGCUUCGAGCUCCAUACAUUUUCUUCUGGUUCUCUACGUCUGCAGUUUGGUUGUGUACCAGUUCAAAAAUUAUUUCAAAAUUUUUGCCAUCAGGAAAAAAGUUAAAAUGACGGACAAGCCUAAGCGUCCAAUGUCUGCAUACAUGUUAUGGCUAAAUAGUGCAAGAGAACAGAUAAAAGCAGAUAAUCCGGGACUCAAAGUCACUGAAAUAGCCAAAAAGGGAGGAGAAAUAUGGAGGUCAAUGGAAGAUAAAAGUGUUUGGGAGGCAAAGGCUGCCAAAGCAAAAGAGCAAUACACGAAAGAUCUGGAAUCAUACAAUGCCAAUGGAGGUGGUGGUGAAGGUGGCGGUAAAAAGGCACAGAAGAGAGGAAAGAAGGGCAAGAAAGCUGCCGCACCUGCUAAAUCUAAGAAGAAGAAGGAAGAGUCUGAAGAAGAGGAGGGUGAGGAAGAAGAAGAGGAAAGCGAUUGAUCUCCCAACUCAAAUGGCAUUUCUGUUCAUAUUGAAUAAUUUUCUUAAACUUAAUUUAUUACAAAUUAAACAAAAAAGGACUGACUUUCCAAUAUCUGUAUGAAUUACCAUUUUAUAUAAGUAUAUUUCUUAAUUAUUUUCUAAUUUUUCUGAACGCAAAAGUUAUGAUUUAUUUGGUCAAUUUUUUUAAAUUUCUGAUUAUUUUGUAAUGUAAUUUUUUUGUUAUAUAAUAAUAUAGUGAUUACAUUUUGUGUGCAGAGUUGGAAAGUUCCACCGCAGGCUAAGGUCUAGAUUGCUAAGCCUCAAAAAAAAUAAUGUUUAAGUGUUAAGCAUGUAUACAUCGGGGAAUUGUACAGUUAGCCUCCCUCGUUAAGUUCGCUGACACCUGGAUGCUCAUUUUAAGUACCUUGUCUGGUUUUAUCAAAACUUUUAUGUCGGCAUCAUUCUGUCUUGUGUUAAAAGCUGUGCUUUUUAAAUUGUUUGCCAUAACUGUAAUCUUCCGUAGGUCAUUUUCGUUUACGACAUAAGAGUUUUGAUUGAUCUUUUUAUCCUUAUGUAAAAUUAGAGACGAUUUCAUGAUGUGAAUGGCUUAUUGUUAAUUGAACCUACCUCUUGUCGUAAAUUUCAAUGGUACCAAACCUUAAUUUAAGACACCGCGAGAAUACAUUCUCGUAUCUCAUUCAACAAUUUAAAUAAUUUAGGAAAUUGAUGUAUGUUGUAUUUUAAGUUAGUUAUAGGUAGGUUUUCAAUGUGAUUAGUCUCUUAAAUUUUACAUUUGUGUUAUAUAAAUGAGAAUUAGCAUUCCUCAUGUCAAUACGGAUUUUACAUGUUCAAUAAAGUAAUUUCAUAUAAAAA